AGUGUGUCCCUGACGGACUGGGAAGUGAUCUUUGUUGAAGACAUUCAGCCAGAGCGAGAGGCAUCUAGGCACCUGAGAAACAGGGGAGACAGAGCGAGAGGGAAGGCAGGGCAGAGGCCAGAGCUCAGGCAGGAUACAGCACCGUGCCUCCUCCAUGGGCGUAAGGGGAGGGGGGCCAAAAGUGUGGCUUGUCCAGAGAGGCCAGUGUUCCAGUGACAGGGAUUGUUGCCAACUCCCAUUCCCGGAUUCCUCUUCAAGACUCUAUCGUGAUGUGGCUUCAUUGCUCACAGAAGAGAUGGGGAAAGAUACAACCUCAUUUCUGACGUGGGUCCACUCCUCUCCUGCAGGACAAUGAGCUCCUGUGGGGCUUUUGUCCUUGGCUGCAGUGCGGUCAUCUUGAUCCUAAAAAAGAGGCCGCUCAGGAUGGGGAUAAGAUUUCAAUUGCACCAGGACCGACGCAUCUCCUCACGCGGUCGAAGCCUUCACACAGCCAAAGUGGUACCUGGGCGAAAACGAUUGACAGCCGGCCACAGGACCCAGGCAGAGAUGCAGAAAGAGGCUCACCAAAGACAGGCCGACCUGCGAGAGAUCGCUUUGUGGUGCGCAGGGCACAUUCGUCCAAAGACACACUCGCACACAGGCACACACACAAACGGACAGAGAGAGGGAAAGAAACACACAGACAGUGAGAGACACAGAGAGAAGAGAGAAUGGGAGACACACACAAACGCGCACACACACACACACAAACACACACACACAGAGUCAUACAGCAGUGGCACAGAAACACACUCCCCCAGGCAACCCCUGAGGCUGCUGGGUUCUGCUCCGGAUGAGAACGACCCUCGGCUGAGAGAGCAGCCCAGGGGCACGCAGGCCGACCUGUCCUUGAGAUUCCGGGGGCAUGACUUUUGGGGAGACUCAUCCGAACACCGUCCGGGCAGGCCUGAGGCUGGGAUGCCUUGCUGUUUCCCCUGGAAUCCGCCCGUGGUCUCGUCAUCCUGGUCGGCCCUUUGCGACUCCUGGCAUUUGGAGACGUUCCUGUCGAUCCCGUGGAGAGGUCAGGUUGGAGCCUCGGAGUCCCGACACCAAAGCACUGCCAAGGAGGACUCCUCCCUGGGAUUCCUCCACUCCGACACCGCCUUCCAGGACACGUGCAAAUACAGAGGCGAUUCUGAAGUGAGGCCAAUGCGAUCAAGCGUGGCACUGGCGUAUGCCAGCGCAGAUAGUGUGAAUGUGUGUCACCGGAGGCAUAUGGGGCAACAGCGAAACCAACAAUGGUGUCCAGGCAUGUGUCCGGUGGAAGGGGGAUCAAGUGACCUUUCCAUCAAUGCCAAGGAAAAUCAAAGAACACAUGGGAACCAGGAGAGGGUCUAUGCCUGA